AUGAUCUCUGAUGAUACUGUGGUGUCUUCGGACUCCAAUGUCUCUGAGCUUCAAGCUCCGAACACAAAGCCGUUUGCGCUACGAGUUCUGCCCCUCGGUGCUUCUAUUACCAUGGGAUACAAAUCGGAAGAUGGAAAUGGAUAUCGGAAAUGGAUUCGACAACAAUUGCGCUAUGCUGGGUGGGAGGUUGAUAUGGUGGGCACUAUGAAGAGUGGCACCAUGCACGAUAAUGACCACGAUGGACACAUCGGCUGGAGAAUCGAUCAAAUAGCUUCCCAUGCCAAGCUGAUCAUCCCACAACAACCUAAUCUAAUUCUUCUCAACGCUGGCACAAAUGAUGCUCUACAAAAUUACAAAGUAGCCACCGCGGGCCAGCGGAUGGACUCUCUCCUAACAUACCUCUUCGACAACAUCCCCAACACAACCAUCAUCUUAUCAACCCUCACAUUCAACGGAAAGAAGCCUCAAUUGAGCACAGAAAUCAGCACGCAAUACCUAGAACUUGCAGCGAAACGCCGAGCGCGAAACGAAAGUCUCGUCCUCGCUGAUAUGAGCACUUUCAUUCGGUGGAAGCAACUCGUCGACAAUAUUCAUCCGACAGCCGCUGGCUACGAGGAAAUGGCAUCGGUGUGGUGGGCAGCCAUUCAACAAGCUGAGAAGGAAGGCUUUCUCAAGGCGCCAAAUCCCACCACUAUGAGUACUGCUACUAUCAGCAAGGCCCGUGAAAAGCAACUCGAUGAUAGCACUGCUGAUCCGAGUCUGCCCGCAUAUACGGCCCCGCCUCAGCCUACGAUAAAAAAGCUUAGUAGCGGCUCAUAUCGAUCACACCACUGGUAUCUGUGGGCCGUUGUAUUCCAGAUGAUUACGACAUGCAUUGUUUUCUCUUAUGUAUGA